AUGUAUGUGAAAUGGUUUGAUACAGGAAUGUUAUACUAUGUGAUUUUAGUGUAUUGAGUGAAUGUCACUUUUUGUCAUUUUCAAAUUUCCCGCCAGUUCUGUCCCCGUACGUCCCGACGUCGCAGGGAACGGAACCCAGAAGACAGAUGCCGGCAACGGCCGGGAGGACAUUACAGGGGACACUGCAGGAGGGACAUCGCAGGAGCGCAGGACAAGGUAAGUGAUCGAGGGAUCGCAGAGCAACGCCACAUGGUAAGCCCGAGUGUAGCUCGGGUUUACCGCUUGUGCUACACUCGGGAAUACCGCCAGGGAGGCUAC